AUGGCUUCCAUCAAGCUGAAUACUGGCCAUGCCAUGCCCCAAGUUGGCUUUGGUCUCUGGAAGGUGGACAAUGCUACCUGUGCGGAUACUGUGUAUAAUGCGAUCAAGGUUGGAUACCGGUUGUUUGAUGGUGCUUGUGAUUACGGUAACGAGAAGGAAGCUGGUGAGGGUGUUGCCCGAGCUAUCAAGGAGGGUCUCGUAAAGAGAGAGGAUUUGUUCAUUGUUUCCAAGCUCUGGAACUCCUUCCACGAGGGCGACAGGGUCGAACCAAUCUGCCGCAAGCAACUUGCCGACUGGGGCAUCGACUACUUCGACCUGUACAUCGUGCACUUCCCCGUCGCCCUCAAAUACGUCGACCCCUCCGUCCGCUACCCCCCCGGCUGGGCCGUCGACGGCAAAGACGACUACCAACUCUCCAAUGCCAGCAUCCAAGAGACCUGGACAGCCAUGGAAUCCGUCGCCGAGAAAGGCCUCGCCAAAUCCAUCGGCAUCUCCAACUUCCAAGGCUCCCUCAUCCUCGACCUCCUACGCUACGCCAAGAUCCGCCCUGCCACCCUCCAGAUCGAGCACCACCCCUACCUCGUGCAGCCUACUCUCCUCGCCCUUGCAAAGGAACAGGGUAUUGCUGUUACAGCGUACAGUUCGUUUGGGCCACAGUCGUUCAUUGAGCUGGAGUGGCAGAAGGCGAAGGAUACCCCGGUGCUGUUCGAGCAUCCUGUUGUGGUGAAGAUUGCGGAGAAGGUCGGCAAGACACCGGCGCAGGUGUUGCUGAGGUGGGCGACGCAGAGAGGGUUGGCGGUUAUUCCUAAGAGUAAUGAUCCCAAGAGGCUGCAGCAGAAUUUGGAGGUUACGGAGUUUGAUAUUGCGGAGGAGGAUAUUAAGGCUAUUUCGGGAUUGGAUAGGCAUUUGAGAUUUAACAACCCUACGGAUUAUCUCGGCACCCUCCACAUCUUCGCAUAG